GGCAGAAGUUUACCUCAUGGACAGACAGCUGUGUGUUUACACUUUGUUACAAUGGCGACCAUCACUGAGCUGAAGUGUGCCGUGAGGGAGACGCUGGAGUCCCGUGGGGUGCUGGGCCAGCUGAAGGCUCGUAUCCGGGCGGAGGUGUUCAGCGCCCUGGAUGACCAGCGUGACCCUCGGCCACCGCUGACCCACGAAAACCUGCUCAUCAACGAGCUCAUCAGGGAGUACCUGGAGUUCAACAAGUACAGACACACCGCAUCGGUGCUGACAGCAGAGUCAGGCCAACCUGAAGUUCCCUUGGACAGACAGUUCUUGGCAAAUGAGCUAAAAGUCACAGAGGAUACAAGCUCCAAGUCUGUACCUCUCCUCUACGGCUUGAUGUGCCACUUCGUGAACAGCAGUGAUGCUGGUGGGAAGGUGUUUCUGCGAGGGGCCUCUCUGCCAGCUGCUACUACUGCCAGCAACCCUGGACCUGGACCUGAUGCCUGAAAGUUGAUGCACUCAGUACUGGCACAGGAUGGACUAAAAUGAUGCCAUUACACACUUUUUGUUUUGUUUUUUAAGUGACAGAAUCUUCUUGUCCAUAGUUUUUCACUGUGUUUUCUCCAGAGUGUAAUCUACAGGCAUUACAGCAUGGACUAUAUGAAUUAUGCUGAUACAAAUGCCGUAAUUCUUUGCGUUGAUUCAUGCUGCAAGUUGCCAAUGAUCCCAGAUGUCCUUUUUUGUUUAGCUUUGAAUAUCUGGCUUUAUCAAUAGGUUUAGCAUCAGUCAUGGCUGUUGCUUGCAUUAAUCCACAUUUCUCAUUUUCUCAAUAGUUCAAGCAAAAAGUUGAGAUAAAAGUCCUUGAAGUCUUUUCUAUUAUAAUGUUUUAUACUUUCAUAUUGACUUUUAGUAUGUCCAAAAUAAAU